AUGGCGGCAAAGGACUACACAGGUAUCUUCGAGCCGAGCAAGACCCCGCGCCGGGUUGUUCCAGACAUGCUCACUUUCCUGGCCAAAGACGCCUUCACCUUACCGCAGCUGCUCCUCCUUGGAGCCCUCUGCCAGAUCGCCAUCUUCUCCAUCCUACCAGCCCGCUACGCCCUUCUCCCCACCCUCCUGCUGCUCCUCCACUCCAUCGUCUCCACCACCCUCCAGGCCACCUCCCCCGCCCGCAACACGUUCCUCAACGGCGUCAUCAAAUCCCGGACCUCCGCCGUGCUCCCCGAGGCGACCUACUCCCCCGACCCCGCCGCAUCCUCCCCGCUCUUCGGCUCCCGCCCCGCCGCCUCGCCAAUCGUAGUCCUCCACCUCGGCGUCCGACUCAACCACCCGCUGGGCCCACUCGCCCCCGGCGCUGCCGAGGCGACCAAGCACUUCAUCGCGUGCUCGGUGGAGCUCGCGCGGCGGGCGUCCGACUUCGGGUGCGUGGGGCAGACGACGUGGCGGGCAGCCGAGCGGGCCAGCAACAACACGCUGAUGACGGUCUUCUACUUCCGCGACGUCGCGGGCUUGCACGCGUUCGCGCACGACGCCGUGCACCGGGCCGCCUGGGACUGGAUCGGGCGGUUCGCGAGGGAGACGGGCCACUCGCACAUCGGCAUCUUCCACGAGACGUUUGUGUCGGCCCCCGGCGGCUACGAGACCAUUUAUCACAACAUGCCGCCGCUGCUGCUCGGGGCUGCUAAUGUCCGCGUGACGAAUGAGGGCACCGGGGAGACGGAGUUUGUCGUCCCGCUUGUGGAUGCGGAUGUCCCGACGCUGAGGAGCCAGUAUGGCCGGAUGGAUAGGAUGCCGAAUGGGGAGCCGGUUCAGAGAUCGUGA